UUGUUGGUAGACUGGUAGAGUGAGUUGAUUCCCCACGCACCUCCUCUCCCCCCACACUCUUUUCCCACUCUUCCCUUCAUUUCUUUUCACUUCAAUCCCAUCCCCUGCGUUUUAGGGGAUCAUCAUAUAAAUCCACUCCAUACCAUAAAAAAGGAGCAAAAAGGCACAAUCUUUUUCACUCUCUCUCCUAAGUCAUUUGAAAUGGCAAGCAGAAGGAUUUCUUCUCUCUUAUCUCGCUCACUUUCAACUUAUCUCACCUCUCCUGUUGGGAGGACUUCUUGUGUCAGAAGGGGACUUCAAAGAUACAGCACUGCUUCUGCUAUAGAUGAACCAAUCACCCCACCUGUGGAUAUAAAUUAUACAAAGCUUCUGAUUAAUGGCAAAUUUGUCGAUGCAGCAUCAGGGAAAACAUUUCACACAGUGGACCCUCGGACUGGGAAGGCGAUAGCUGAUGUUGCUGAAGGAGAUUCCGAAGAUGUGAACAGAGCAGUCUCUGCUGCUAGGAAGGCGUUUGAUGAAGGACCAUGGCCAAAGAUGACUGCUUACGAAAGGUCAAGAAUUCUUUUGAAAUUUGCCGAUCUUAUUGAAAAGCAUAAUGAUGCAAUUGCUGCUUUAGAAACAUGGGAUAACGGAAAGCCCUAUGAGCAAGCUGCCCAAAUUGAAGUACCAAUGGUUGCACGCCUUUUCCGGUACUAUGCUGGUUGGGCGGAUAAGAUACACGGCCUCACUGUUCCUGCUGAUGGACCAUAUCAUAUACAGACUCUGCAUGAACCAAUUGGUGUAGCAGGGCAGAUUAUUCCAUGGAACUUUCCCCUUCUAAUGUUUGCUUGGAAAGUUGGACCUGCAUUAGCAUGUGGUAACACAGUUGUUAUCAAGACAGCAGAACAGACUCCUUUGUCAGCCCUUUAUGUUGCCAAUUUAUGUCACGAGGCCGGAAUUCCUCCAGGAGUUCUAAAUGUGAUUUCAGGUUAUGGCCCAACUGCUGGUGCAGCUCUCUGCUCUCACAUGGAUGUGGACAAGCUUGCUUUUACUGGAUCAACAAGCACCGGAAAGCUAGUUCUUGAAUUAGCAGCAAAGAGUAAUCUCAAACCUGUGACUUUGGAGCUUGGUGGGAAAUCUCCGUUUAUAAUAUGUGAAGAUGCAGAUAUAGACCAAGCAGUGGAGACCGCUCAUUUUGCUCUAUUUUUCAAUCAGGGACAAUGUUGUUGUGCUGGGUCCCGUACAUUUGUCCAUGAAAGUAUAUACGAUGAGUUCGUAGCUAAAGCAAAGGCGCGAGCUGCAAACCGAUCCGUUGGAGAUCCAUUUAAGCAGGGCAUUGAACAAGGUCCUCAGAUUGAUCCUGAGCAGUUUAAUAAGAUUCUGGGGUACAUAAAAUCUGGUAUCAAUAGUGGAGCAACACUGGAAACCGGGGGGGACAAAAUGGGCUCAAAGGGCUACUAUAUUCAGCCCACAGUUUUCUCGAAUGUAACGGAUGACAUGCUGAUAGCAAAAGAUGAAAUUUUCGGUCCGGUGCAAACUAUCUUGAAAUUCAAGAGCAUAGAGGAGGUGAUACGUCGAGCAAAUGCAUCUGAUUAUGGUCUAGCAGCUGGAGUUUUCACUCAGAACAUUGAUACUGCUAAUACUUUAUCACGCGCUCUUAAAGCUGGUACGGUGUGGAUAAACUGUUACGACAUUUUUGAUGCUGGAAUCCCUUUCGGUGGUUACAAAAUGAGCGGCAUUGGUAGAGAGAAGGGAGAAUACAGCUUGAGAAACUACUUGCAAGUGAAGGCCGUUGUGACUGCGUUGAAGAAUCCAGCCUGGUUAUAGACCAUGGAAACGAUUCUGUUUCUAAAAAUAAGAGGUUAAGCUCAAAGCUGUAUAUGCUUUAUUAGCUAAUAGUUACGUUGAUGGUAAUUGAUGAUGGUGAUAAAAUCCUUAUCUGUAGAAUGUUGAUGUCGAUAAUUUUGUUCUUGAACAAUGCCGGAGUUUUGAGUACUUACACGUUUGUAUUAGCAGUAUCCAUUUUCGCAACCUUAAUAAAUUCUGGGUUUUACUGUUUUA